UCUUCUUCGCCAGUGCCAAACUGAACACAGGUGACCUUCAGAGAACAAUUGGCUCCAUAAAUCUGGGCGAGUGUGUCAAGCCACAACAGACUUUAAAAGAAGCAGCAACAAGACUUGAGGCACCGGCGGACUAGUGGACAGUUCACUUAACACAAACAAGACCUGAAGUCGUCUACGGGUGCACUGUGGUGGACAAGAGCAAAAAAAAAAAACACCUGACAGUAGUCAGUGCUCGGACGAUGCGGAAGUGAAAGCGGGAGGUCCCUCUGAGACAAGCAGCGUGAUGGCGGUCAAGAAGGUGCGGCGGAGGAUCGUGUCCAAAGACGGACGCAACCAGGUCCACAUCGACAACGUGGAGGGCAUGGUCAAGCUGUACCUCCACGACAUCUGGACCACGGUGGUGGACAUGAAGUGGCGCUACAAGCUCACUCUGUUCGCCUCCACCUUCGUCAUCACCUGGUUCAUCUUCGGCGUGCUCUUCUACUUCAUCAGCAUGGGCAAUGGGGACCUGGAGGCCACGCUGCCCUCCAACCACACGCCGUGUCUGGAGAACGUCAAGACCUUCACCGGCGCCUUCCUCUUCUCGCUGGAAUCGCAGACCACCAUAGGGUACGGCUUCCGCUACAUCACGGAGGAGUGCCCGCUGGCCAUCUUCACGCUGGUGGCCCAGCUGGUCAUCACGGGUCUGGCCGAGAUCUUCGUCACCGGAGCCUUCCUGGCCAAGCUGGCCCGGCCCAAGAAGCGGGCGGAGACCAUCAAGUUCAGCCAGUCGGCGGUGGUCUGCCGCCGCCAGGGCCAGCUGUGCCUGAUGGUGAGGGUGGCCAACAUGAGGAAGAGCCUGCUGAUCCAGUGCCAGCUCACAGGGAAGAUCCUGCACUCCUACGUCACCCAGGAGGGCGAGAAGACCCAGGUGCACCAAACCUCGCUGGACUUCUUCAUGGACUCCAGCAGCGAGUGCCCCUUCCUCAUCCUGCCGCUCACCUUCUACCACAUUCUGGACGAGCGCAGCCCGCUGGCGGACUUGACCGCCGACAACCUGCAGAGUCGAGACUUCGAGCUGCUGGUGACCCUCAACGGCACCAUGGAGUCCACCGCCGCCACGUGCCAGAGCCGCACGUCCUACAUCCCCCAGGAGAUCCUGUGGGGCUACGAGUUCAAGCCCGUGCUCUUCAGCACCCCCAGUGGCCGCUACGUGGCCGAUUUCAACUUCUUCGAUAAAGUGCAAGCGAGCGCCGACGCCACCUUCCCCAACAACGGCGAGAAGCUAAAACUGGAGGAGGACUACAAGAGAUAGGGACUGAAUCGGGAAAUGCUACGCCAGUUGAGGUCUAAGGCAGUGGUUCUUAACCUUGUUGGAGGUACCGAACCACACCAGUUUCAUAUUCACAUUCACCGAACCCUUCUUUUGUGAAAAAUAAAAUGUUUUUUUUUUCAAAUUCAAGACAAAGUUAUAUGUUUUUGGUUAUACUUUAUUAUGGGAAACAAAUUCUAAGUAACAAAGACUGAAUUUAGAGUUAUUUGGACACUAGGGGAACAUAUUCAAAGUAAUAAAGACUUAAUUUAGCGUUAUUUGGACACUAGGGGAACAUAUUGUAAUUAACAAAGACCUAAUAUAGAGUUAUUUGGACACUAGGGGAACAUAUUCUAAGUAACAAAGACCUAAUAUAGAGUUAUUUGGACACUAGGGGAACAUAUUCUAAGUAAUAAAGACUUAAUUUAAAAAUAUUUGGACACUAGGGGAACAUAUUCUAAGUAACAAAGACUUAAUUUAGAGUUAUUUGGACACCAGGGGAACAUAUUUUAAGUUACAAACACUUAAUUUAGAGUUAUUUGGACACUAGGGGAACAUAUUCUAAGUAAUAAAGACUUAAUUUAGCGUUAUUUGGACACUAGGGGAACAUAUUGUAAUUAACAAAGACCUAAUAUAGAGUUAUUUGGAGACUAGGGGAACAUAUUCUAAGUAAUAAAGACUUAAUUUAAAAAUAUUUGGAAACUAGGGGAACAUAUUCUAAGUAACAAAGACUUAAUUUAGAGUUAUUUGAACACUAGGGGAUCAUAUUUUAAGUUAAAAAAGACUUAAUUUAGAGUUAUUUGGACACUAGGGGAACAUAUUCUUAAUAACAAAGACUUAAUUUAGAGUUAUUUGGACACUAGGGGAACAUAUUCUAAGUAACAAACACCUAAUAUAGAGUUAUUUGGACACUAGGGGAACAUAUUCUAAGUAAUAAAGACUUAAUUUAAAAAUAUUUGGAAACUAGGGGAACAUAUUCUAAGUAAUAAAGACUUAAUUUAAAAAUAUUUGGAAACUAGGGGAACAUAUUCUAAGUAACAAAGACUUAAUUUAGAGUUAUUUGAACACUAGGGGAUCAUAUUUUAAGUUAAAAAAGACUUAAUUUAGAGUUAUUUGGACACUAGGGGAACAUAUUCUUAAUAACAAAGACUUAAUUUAGAGUUAUUUGGACACUAGGGGAACAUAUUCUAAGUAACAAACACCUAAUAUAGAGUUAUUUGGACACUAGGGGAACAUAUUCUAAGUAAUAAAGACUUAAUUUAAAAAUAUUUGGACACUAGGGGAACAUAUUCUAAGUAACAAAGACUUAAUUUAGAGUUAUUUGGACACCAGGGGAACAUAUUUUAAGUUACAAACACUUAAUUUAGAGUUAUUUGGACACUAGGGGAACAUAUUCUAAGUAAUAAAGACUUAAUUUAGCGUUAUUUGGACACUAGGGGAACAUAUUGUAAUUAACAAAGACCUAAUAUAGAGUUAUUUGGAGACUAGGGGAACAUAUUCUAAGUAAUAAAGACUUAAUUUAAAAAUAUUUGGAAACUAGGGGAACAUAUUCUAAGUAACAAAGACUUAAUUUAGAGUUAUUUGAACACUAGGGGAUCAUAUUUUAAGUUAAAAAAGACUUAAUUUAGAGUUAUUUGGACACUAGGGGAACAUAUUCUUAAUAACAAAGACUUAAUUUAGAGUUAUUUGGACACUAGGGGAACAUAUUCUAAGUUAAAAAUACUUAAUUUAGAGUUAUUUGGACACUAGGGGAACAUAUAAGUAACAAAGACUUAAUUUAGAGUUAUUUGGACACUAGGGGAACAUAUUCUAAGUAACAAAGACUUAAUUUAGAGUUAUUUGGACACUAGGGGAACAUAUAAGUAACAAAGACUUAAUUUAGAGUUAUUUGGACACUAGGGGAACAUAUUCUAAGUAACAAAGACUUAAUUUAGAGUUAUUUGGACACUAGGGGAACAUAUUCUAAGUUAAAAAGAAUUAAUUUUGAGUUAUUUGGACACUAGGGGAACAUAUUCUUUGUAACAAACACUUAAUUUAGAGUUAUUUAGACACUAGGGGAACAUAUUCUUUGUAACAAACACUUAAUUUAGAGUUAUUUAGACACUAGGGGAACAUAUUCUAAGUAACAGAGACUUAAUUUAGAGUUAUUUGGACACUAGGGGAACAUAUUCUAAGUUAAAAAGAAUUAAUUUAGAGUUAUUUGGACACCAGGGGAACAUAUUCUAAGUUAAAAAGAAUUAAUUUUGAGUUAUUUGGACACUAGGGGAACAUAUUAUAUGUAACAAACACUUAAUUUAGAGUUAUUUAGACACUAGGGGAACAUAUUCUAAGUAACAGAGACUUAAUUUAGAGUUAUUUGGACACUAGGGGAACAUAUUCUAAGUAAAAAAGACUUAAUUUAGAGUUAUUUGGACUCUAGGGGAAAAUAGUCUAAGUAAUAAAGACCUAAUUUAGAGUUAUUUGGACACUAGGGGAACAUAUUCUAGGUUAAAAAGACUUAAUGUAGAGUUAUUUGGACACUAGGGGAACAUCUUUUAAGUAACAAAGACUUGAUUCAGAGUUAUUUGGACACUAGGGGAACAUAUUCUAAGUUAAAAAGACUUACUUUAGAGUUAUUUGGACACUAGGGGAACAUAUUCUAAGUAAUAGAGACUUAGUUUAGAGUUAUUUGGACACUAGGGGAACAUAUUUAAGUAACAAAGACCUAAUUUAGAGUUAUUUGGACACUAGGGGAACAUAGUCAAAGUAACAAAGACGUAUUUUAGAGUUAUUUAGACACUAGGGGAACAUAUUCUAAGUUAAAAAGACUUAAUUUAGAGUUAUUUGGACACUAAGGGAACAUAUUGUAAUUAACAAAGACCUAAUAUAGAGUUAUUUGGACACUAGGGGAACAUAUUCUAAGUAAUAAAGACUUAAUUUAAAAAUAUUUGGAAAUCAGGGGAACAUAUUCUAAGUAACAAAGACUUAAUUUAGAGUUAUUUGGACACUAGGGGAACAUAUUCUAAGUUAAAAAUACUUUAUUUAGAGUUAUUUAGGCACUAGAGGAACAUAUUCUAAGUUAAAAAGACUUAAUUUAGAGUUAUUUAGACACUAGGGGAACAUAUUGUAAUUAACAAAGACCUAAUAUAGAGUUAUUUGGACACUAAGGGAACAUAUUCUAAGUUAAAAAUAUUUAAUUUAGAGUUAUUUAGACACUAGGGGAACAUAUUCUAAGUUAAAAAGACUUAAUUUAGAGUUAUUUGGACACUAGGGGAACAUAUUCUAAGUAACAAAGACCUAAUAUAGAGUUUUUUGGACACUAGGGGAACAUAUUCUAAGUAACAAAGACCUAAUAUAGAGUUAUUUGGACACUAGGGGAACAUAUUCUAAGUAAUAAAGACUUAAUUUAGAGUUAUUUGGAAACUAGGGGAACAUAUUCUAAGUUAAAAAGAUUUAAUUUAGAGUAAUUUAGACACUAGGGGAACAUAUUCUAAGUUAAAAAGACUUAAUUUAGAGUUAUUUGGACACUAGGGGAACAUAUUCUUUGUAACAAACACUUAAUUUAGAGUUAUUUAGACACUAGGGGAACAUAUUCUAAGUAACAGAGACUUAAUUUAGAGUUAUUUGGACACUAGGGGAACAUAUUCUAAGUUAAAAAGAAUUAAUUUAGAGUUAUUUGGACACCAGGGGAACAUAUUCUAAGUUAAAAAGAAUUAAUUUUGAGUUAUUUGGACACUAGGGGAACAUAUUCUAUGUAACAAAUACUUAAUUUAGAGUUAUUUAGACACUAGGGGAACAUAUUCUAAGUAACAUAGAUUUAAUUUAGAGUUAUUUGGACACUAGGGGAACAUAUUCUAAGUAACAAAGACUUAAUUUAGAGUUAUUUGGACACUAGGGGAAAAUAGUCUAAGUAAUAAAGACCUAAUUUAGAGUUAUUUGGACACUAGGGGAACAUAUUCUAAGUAACAAAGACUUAAUUUAGAGUUAUUUAGACACUAGGGGAACAUAUUCAAAGUUAAAAAGACUUAAUUUAGAGUUAUUUGGACACUAGGGGAACAUAUUCUAGGUUAAAAAGACUUAAUGUAGAGUUAUUUGGACACUAGGGGAACAUAUUUUAAGUAACAAAGACUUAAUUCAGAGUUAUUUGGACACUAGGGGAACAUAUUCUAAGUUAAAAAGACUUAAUUUAGAGUUAUUUGGACACUAGGGGAACAUAUUCUAAGUAACAAAGACCUAAUAUAGAGUUUUUUGCACACUAGGGGAACAUAUUCUAAGUAACAAAGACCUAAUAUAGAGUUAUUUGGACACUAGGGGAACAUAUUCUAAGUAAUAAAGACUUAAUUUAGAGUUAUUUGGAAACUAGGGGAACAUAUUCUAAGUUAAAAAGAUUUAAUUUAGAGUUAUUUAGACACUAGGGGAACAUAUUCUAAGUUAAAAAUACUUAAUUUAGAGUUAUUUGGACACUAGGGGAACAUAUUCUUUGUAACAAACACUUAAUUUAGAGUUAUUUAGACACUAGGGGAACAUAUUCUAAGUAACAGAGACUUAAUUUAGAGUUAUUUGGACACUAGGGGAACAUAUUCUAAGUUAAAAAGAAUUAAUUUAGAGUUAUUUGGACACCAGGGGAACAUAUUCUAAGUUAAAAAGAAUUAAUUUUGAGUUAUUUGGACACUAGGGGAACAUAUUCUAUGUAACAAACCCUUAAUUUAGAGUUAUUUAGACACUAGGGGAACAUAUUCUAAGUAACAGAGAUUUAAUUUAGACUUAUUUGGACACUAGGGGAACAUAUUCUAAGUAACAAAGACUUAAUUUAGAGUUAUUUGGACACUAGGGGAAAAUAGUCUAAGUAAUAAAGACCUAAUUUAGAGUUAUUUGGACACUAGGGGAACAUAUUCUAAGUAAAAAAGACUUAAUUUAGAGUUAUUUAGACACUAGGGGAACAUAUUCAAAGUUAAAAAGACUUAAUUUAGAGUUAUUUGGACACUAGGGGAACAUAUUCUAGGUUAAAAAGACUUAAUGUAGAGUUAUUUGGACACUAGGGGAACAUAUUUUAAGUAACAAAGACUUAAUUCAGAGUUAUUUGGACACUAGGGGAACAUAUUCUAAGUUAAAAAGACUUACUUUAGAGUUAUUUGGACACUAGGGGAACAUAUUCUAAGUAAUAGCGACUUAAUUUAGAGUUAUUUGGACACUAGGGGAACAUAUUCUAAGUUAAAAAGACUUACUUUAGAGUUAUUUGGACACUAGGGGAACAUAUUCUAAGUAAUAGAGACUUAAUUUAGAGUUAUUUGGACACUAGGGGAACAUAUUUAAGUAACAAAGACCUAAUUUAGAGUUAUUUGGACACUAGGGGAACAUAGUCAAAGUAACAAAGACGUAUUUUAGAGUUAUUUAGACACUAGGGGAACAUAUUCUAAGUUAGGGAACAUAUUCUAAGUUAAAAAGACUUAAUUUAGAGUUAUUUGGACACUAAGGGAACAUAUUCUAAGUAAUAAAGACUUAAUUUAAAAAUAUUUGGAAAUCAGGGGAACAUAUUCUAAGUAACAAAGACUUAAUUUAGAGUUAUUUGGACACUAGGGGAACAUAUUCUAAGUUAAAAAUACUUUAUUUAGAGUCAUUUAGGCACUAGAGGAACAUAUUCUAAGUUAAAAAGACUUAAUUUAGAGUUAUUUAGACACUAGGGGAACAUAUUGUAAUUAACAAAUACCUCAUAUAGAGUUAUUUGGACACUAAGGGAACAUAUUCUAAGUUAAAAAUAUUUAAUUUAGAGUUAUUUAGACACUAGGGGAACAUAUUCUAAGUUAAAAAGACUUAAUUUAGAGUUAUUUGGACACUAGGGGAACAUAUUCUAAGUAACAAAGACCUAAUAUAGAGUUUUUUGGACACUAGGGGAACAUAUUCUAAGUAACAAAGACCUAAUAUAGAGUUAAUUGGACACUAGGGGAACAUAUUCUAAGUAAUAAAGACUUAAUUUAGAGUUAUUUGGAAACUAGGGGAACAUAUUCUAAGUUAAAAAGAUUUAAUUUAGAGUUAUUUAGACACUAGGGGAACAUAUUGUAAGUUAAAAAGACUUAAUUUAGAGUUAUUUGGACACUAGGGGAACAUAUUCUUUGUAACAAACACUUAAUUUAGAGUUAUUUAGACACUAGGGGAACAUAUUCUAAGUAACAAAGACUUAAUUUAGAGUUAUUUGAACACUAGGGGAACAUAUUCUAAGUUAAAAAGAAUUAAUUUAGAGUUAUUUGGACACCAGGGGAACAUAUUCUAAGUUUAAAAGAAUUAAUUUUGAGUUAUUUGGACACUAGGGGAACAUAUUCUAUGUAACAAAUACUUAAUUUAGAGUUAUUUAGACACUAGGGGAACAUAUUCUAAGUAACAGAGACUUAAUUUAGAGUUAUUUGGACACUAGGGGAACAUAUUCAAAGUAACAAAGACUUAAUUUAGAGUUAUUUGGACACUAGGGGAAAAUAGUCUAAGUAAUAAAGACCUAAUUUAGAGUUAUUUGGACACUAGGGGAACAUAUUCUAAGUAACAAAGACUUAAUUUAGAGUUAUUUAGACACUAGGGGAACAUAUUCAAAGUUAAAAAGACUUAAUUUAGAGUUAUUUGGACACUAGGGGAACAUAUUCUAGGUUAAAAAGACUUAAUUCAGAGUUAUUUGGACACUAGGGGAACAUAUUCUAAGUUAAAAAGACUUACUUUAGAGUUAUUUGGACACUAGGGGAACAUAUUCUAAGUAAUAGAGACUUAAUUUAGAGUUAUUUGGACACUAGGGGAACAUAUUUAAGUAACAAAGACCUAAUUUAGAGUUAUUUGGACACUAGGGGAACAUAGUCAAAGUAACAAAGACGUAUUUUAGAGUUAUUUAGACACUAGGGGAACAUAUUCUAAGUUAAAAAGACUUAAUUUUUGAGUUAUUUGGACACUAGGGGAACAUAUUCUAAGUAAUAAAGACUUAAUUUAGAGUUAUUUGGAAACUAGGGGAACAUAUUCUAAGUUAAAAAUACUUAAUUUAGAGUUAUUUAGACACUAGGGGAACAUAUUCUAAGUUAAAAAUACUUAAUUUAGAGUUAUUUGGACACUAGGGGAACAUAUUCUAAGUAACAAAGACUUAAUUUAGAGUUAUUUGGUUAGGGUCAGGGUUAGAGGGUGUUAAUAAUCAACUAAUUAAUGGCGAAUAUGUUCCCCGUACUAGAGUGUUACCAUGUUUUUUUUUUACUGGUGCACAAAAUGAACCGUGCAUGAACAUCACCUUGUUCAAACAACAAAACCAACACAGUGCAUAAACUCACAACAAAUGACACACCUGCAAAUCAGUCAGCUGUUGCUGUAUCCGUAAUACGUCGAUAGGGAGAAGUUUGUAUUUAUACGAUGAGUCGGGUGUGUUUUGACCUCCGCCGAACCCCCGAGGCCGACUCAUCGAACACCUAGGGUUCGAUCGCACCCAGGUUAAGAACCACUGCUCUAAAGGCUGGAAUGUACUCUCGCAUCACUUAGCUUGUGUGGUUUGUUUAUAGCUCUUCUGCCGGAGCUGGCGUGUGACUUGCAAUUCUCUGGUGGAUAAGCUUCCUCAAAGAGAGAACUUCCUGUGUGUGGUCGUGGUUGUAGUAAACCAGGGGUCGGGAACCUUUUUGACUGAGAGAGCCAUGAUGGCCAAAUAUUUUAAAAUGUAUUUCCGUGUUCAACCACUGAUGAGAUUUAUUAAACAGACAAGAAGCAAGGAAUCAAACAGAGACCGGAUUCAAUUUAGCUCAAUGAGGAGAAAACGAGUAGACCUGUACCCUUGUAGUGUCGUCCCACGCUCUGACAAGAGAAUUCUACGCCUCCUCUUUUAUUUGGACUUUCCCGGAUUCCAACAACUAAAUCAGAAUGCGAAUCAGAAAUGUGUGCAUCUCCUAUUCUUUUGAACAACAUUUUUACUCUGAAGGUAACCAAUAAUAAAUAAAACACUUUUGACCAUUAA